AUGUGUAUUGCUUAUUUUCAGCAAGCGUUCUCAGGAAGUUGUCUACAGGUACAAAAAAGCGACGGCUACGAAGCUUACUUCUUCGAAAAUACUGAAGGGACGUACGGUGAGUAAAUCUUCGUUUGCAUGAUACUGCUGCGAGAUUUCGGGCGGAAAUAGAAUUCUUGCUCCGUUACAACAACCUGGGUGAACUCGCACCGCUAUGGCUCGUUCCGUUAUGGCAUUUUCUACCGCGGUUGUUCCGUAGAACCCUGAUAUAAAGAAUCUCAACAUAAUGAAGUCCUCGGUAUAACGGACUACAUUCUCCUCUCUAGUUAAACCUCGAUAUAACGAAAGCUCUUUGUAGCGAAUAAUUGAAUUUUACCAGUCUCUGUCCCCACUGUAUCAAAUAAAGCAAUGCAGAGCUACGGGAGGAAACCUGUGUGAAUUGUGCCACCAUGUAAACACCCAAACCUUUGGAUGGAACAAAUAAAAUCGCAUUAAAAAUUAAAUCUAAGCCUAGACUGAUGUUCAAUCAAACUCAAAUCCUCUAGCCUACGUAGCAUGGCGGUUUUGUCGAGCCGAGCGCACGAGCGGCAAAGCCGCGAGAAAAAUACCCGCCCCAAUCUCCUCGCGGUUUCUCUGCCCUCACCCGCCUUUAUUGCUUAGCGCGCCCAGCCAAAACCGCCAUGCUACGCAGGCUACAAAUCCUCAUGUCUCUUUUCAAGCGCAGAAGUGUGAAAUUGAUACACAGAAAUAGCUGACAGUAAAACAAUAGAUAACGAGGAAAGUACCGCACGGUAAGAGUUUUUUAAGUUUUAUCAAUCAAAGGCCUUCAAAUUUUGUGUUACUUAUUUUUAGUUUCUACCACGGAUUCAAACCCUCGAGUAGCCGUAAGCAGUCACAGCCUGGUGAAUAAUAGUAGGUAGGUAUUAAUCACUUCGAUUCAUCACCCGUAAACUUGCGAUAAUGCGAAGUUUUAGUGGUCGCUUACCCAGAUGGUUGCUUACGAUAAUCAACGCAUCAGGUUAUCUUCAAAGACAAACACAUGAAGGGAACCCGAACGCUGUAUUAGCUAAUAGAAAAAUUAGCUGUGUUUACGCUGUAUUAGCUAAUAAAACAAUAAGAUUUAUUUUAUUAGCUAAUACAGCUUAAAUACAUCUAAUUUUUCUAUUAGCUAAUACAGCGUUCGGGUUCCCUGUGUAACACAUCUAAAUUUUGGGAGGUAAUUCAUUGCAAAGGGGGCCCGCACAAUCUGUUUGUGUGGUCGAUUGGUAUUUUAUAGUAAAUGUUCUGGAUUUACCGUUUGCCUCACUUAUAGCGAUAUAUCGCUAACUAUGUAUAUAAAUCAAUGAUAAAUAAACGUUGAGUUACCUUACCUGUGGUAUAUAGUCGUCCUUUUGCCCAAAAGCGGUUUCUUUGAGCGAUUUUGAAAGAGUUGGAGUUCGCCGUUGACUGUUCCUUAUAGUAAUAACAGUCGCCUACACAAACAGAUUGUGUCGGCUCGCUGUGUUCAUUGUAUUCAAGUUAUGACAUUUGUAGUUCUAUGUUACUACUGAAAGGACAUCGCAUUCUCUUAUUGGUUUAUACGUAUUACAUGCAACGAACAUAGACAUCAAACCAUGCCUCUAGUGUCUUUAGUGGCUACUUACACUUACAGGGGGAAGAGCAAUGGAAAAUUCUAAAGCCGAGUGCGAGAAGGAGAUAAAAAUUCUUACAUUUGAUAACUUGUUCCCGCCACUACGACAUUCUCGCUAAAACUCGUAGUAGAAUGACGACGGCUAUCUCACGCUUUCCCGCUAAAAUGACGCUAGUUCACGGUUGAGCAAUAUUCAGAAUUGAGAAAUAGUAGUCGUCCUCGUCUCAGAACCUAAAGCUCUCUAGUGCCUGAGCAACGCCAAGACCAACUCUAGGUGUCCGUUUUAGCGAGAGUGUCCGCCUUAUCAGAGAGGGUCAAUUAAAAGGACUGAAGACUGGGCAGGGAGCUUUGAAUAUCUCCAAGGAGGAGUUCGUAUUAUUUCGUACGUUUCUUUAUUUCUGGUAUUUCCUUGCACGAUUUUUGCACCUGUCAAAUCAUGAUCAGUCUGCAGGAGAAAUUUUUUUUCUGCAUCACACAUAACCCCCUCAAAAGUCAAAUGGUCGGCCCCUAAGAGACAGUUGAUUAUACCUUAGUUUCUUUUCUUUUGUAGUCAAUGCUUCUGUAGUGGUCGCUGUACCUGCCCUGCCACCUUGCAAUUGUCGCAGACACCAUCUCCUGAAAGGAAGUACCUCAAUCAUCGUCGCUGGAGCCAAGGAUCAAGUCCCAAAACUUCCCCGAAGCAACAGUUUCGCUCCAGCUUGAAACUUCCUCGAAAAGCCGGUUCCUCAUCGCCUUCAUUUCCUGCCCAGAAUCUUUUUCCAUACGCAACGCCAGUUUUUUCAAGGAGAGGUAGCAAAGGCAGUUCAAGUCAGGGGGGUGAUAGCCUCCAGGGAGAUGACAUCUGUAUCGUUGUUACUGACGCUGACCCAAGGGCUAACCCCUGGGGUAGCUCAGAAGCGGAGCAAGACGGCACCCCAUGGAUGGCUAAUUUUACCGCAAUAACGACACAGGAACUGCAGGAGAAGGCUUUCUCAAAGAAAACUCAACAGUCGCCAGGUUGGAAUCCCUUCUGAGAUCGAGAAGUUUUUCAAAUUAAGUGCAAUUUUAUACCUCUAGAUCAUGGAGAUUGCGUAGGCAACCGUAAACUUCUGCUUUUAAGCCCUUGGGUUUACACAAUUUCGUUUGGGGUUUUAAAGCAAGGCUUAUAAAAAGGGGGCUUAUAUCUGAAUCGGGCUUAUAAUAAAGACUAAAAAAAGAUUUUCAGAACAAGCUGAACAGCAUUGCUGAUCAAAACCAUGCAAAACACUUUUUGAAUUUACUCGCUUUUUUAAGCUUCAAAAUCGAAUUCAUUCUAGUACAGGUAAGAAGGAGCUGAUAUCCGGGGAGGUCUUCUCAGCGGAUAUAUUUUUUUUACAGGUCAAUGCGCCCAUAACUGGGGGGCUUAUAAGUUAAGGGACUUCUAAGCGGCUGUUUACGGUAUUUGUUCUAAAAAGUGCAAAAAUUUGUAUAUGUCAACCAAGUUGCUAAGGUGGGUUGGCCAUCGUGGGGAGGUAAAAAAAUUGCAGUUCCGAGUGCUAACCCCCACUCCCAGCCCCCUUGAAAAAGCUCUGACGCAAGGCUAGCAUUCGAACCCUCAGCUUUUCUAUCUCCCUACGGUUGCCAAACUGCCUGGUUAUCAUGACAACUGAGAGAGAAUAAUGGGACCAAAAGUAGGUUGAGUUUGAUCGUCUGGGUGAACGUAGUCCUGAAUAGGACUGUUGUUGUUGACAGUGACUGACGUUUCGACAACCUGUGAGGUAGCCAUCUUCAGAGUCUUGACUCUGAAGAUGACUACCGCACAGGUUGUUAAAACGUCAGUCACUGUCAACAACAACAGUCCUAUUCAGGACUACGUUCACCCGAAAGAUCAAACUCAAACUACUUUUGAAAUGAUUCCUGGGUUCAAACCUUUCACAGUAACGAUGUGACCCAUAGCCUGCGUCACGCCAUGACGGUUUUGCUUGGGCGCGCAAACGAGCCAAGGUGGGCGAGGGUAGUGAAACUGCGAGGAGAUUGGGGUGGGAGCAACGAGAAACCAGAGAAUAAUCUCAAAUGACGUUGACCGGGAUAUGUGACUUUCACCCAAGUUACCUUUAGAGGUUGUAAUUCUCUAUUGUUACAACCAAAUCUUUGUUUUUCUCUCCCCACCGACGAAACACCGUAGUUCCUUUAAAAACUGACUCCUUCAUUCAUUUUUGCAUUAAAGACGUUUGUCACUUUGCAAUACGUAUCGUUUUUUAAGUUAAAGCAAGAGCCAGGCCCCUUAAUUGAAACCAACCUCUCUUUUAGGUUCCUCAGCAACAAAUGAGAGCAGCGAGAAGAAUUCCAAUGAGGACACUAGACAAGAACUAACUCAAAAAGACUUGCUUUCAUUCGCGAGACAGAUUGCUGUUGGCAUGGUAACGUAUCAUGCACCCUGUAUUAUCCACCAAUCAAGCGUGUCUGAGCAUGAUAAGUAAAUUGUAAAAUAUAUAAAUGCAGCUUUCAGUGUUUCUUGGAAGUACAUUUGGCGCUUCUAGCUCCUUCAGGCAUUUCACUAAAUAUAUAAACAAUAAGUAAUUCCGUUGUUUACCCUCGGCAGUAUUUAUAAAUAGCACUAAUGCCUCAAACUUAACAGGGUUAAGAAUCCCAACGGGCCGGAGGCAUACCAGUUGGCUAUUUAGAGCAUGGCCGAGGAUUUGAACUCGGGACUAAUCGUGAACAAAUCCAGUUAGUGGUCAGAGCGAGACCUAAACUCAGGGCCUCCGAAUUGCAAGUCAAGCGCUCUAACCACUAACCGGCCACGCUACCCCACUAAACUUAUCACUACCGACUAUAACAGAAAAUUGACCAUUAAUUUAGAGCCAAACCGGACGGCUACUAAGCAAGCUAUGGCGAAUACGUACAGUAUUUUUACUAGCAAUAUUUGUCAAGUAAUUAUAGAGUCAGCUUAAAAGUGACUCAUGCGCAAGUUUUUCUCUCAAUUUUUUAGGAAUAUUUGUCACAAAGAAAGUUCAUUCAUCGCGACCUUGCAGCUCGUAAUAUUCUUGUUUGCGAUGACCAUUUAGUGAAGAUCUCGGACUUUGGUUUAUCGAGAGACGUCUACGAGAGCUGUGAGUACCAAAAGGCACAAAGCGCUGGAAAAUUGCCCAUCAAAUGGAUGGCUUUGGAAUCACUGUUGGAUAACAUAUAUACCAUUGAAAGCGAUGUGUAAGUAAUGGCUUAUUUGCCUGAAUUCUUAUCAGGGCGGGGGAUACGGAAGCCAGCACGGUGAUAUGUGGAAGAUUACACGAACUUAAGGUCACAGUUGGACAGCAUAAAAACCUAAGACGCUGAGAAGUAGAGGUCUUAAAUUCGUUUUCCGCUGUCAUCAUCUUACUAUACAGAUCAGGCAUCGGAUACCAAGUUAAAAUGAAAACCUUCGACGCACUUUGUUCAACCUGUCCGGGGAAUGGGCAGGAUCCUGCAUCUUUAUAAUGUUAUAUAUCGAUAUAUAGACUGAUACUUGAGUGUCUGCCCCUGUUUAGGUGGUCAUAUGGAAUCGUGUUGUGGGAGCUUAUCACGCUUGGUAAGUUCUGUAGUGAUACUAAACCGCUCUGAUGGUUCAACUUGAUCUUGUGUUGAUCGUUUUGUCAAACCUUUAUUCGUCUAACACCGAUACAAACCUUGAUGAAUGAAGGCACGAUCUACUGAAAAAAAUUGGGCUACUAAACAUUAACUUUUUAGGAGUACCCCUCUGCAAAUUUUCACCCAACACUGAGAUAUUUUUAAUAAUAUUAUCUCGCAUUAUCCUGAACUUGCGCGAUCCAUUUUCUCCAAGAAGACGCAUUCGUACUUUUUAACUAUAGACUGCUACUUUGACCAGGUACCUCACCAUAUCCUGGUGUGUCUGGGAGAGAUAUCCAGAAGCUGCUGAGAAACGGCUACAGAAUGGAGAAACCUGAAAACUGCAGCCAGCAAGUGUAAGUGAACAGAUUUCUGAAUUUGGAGAAAAGCUUUUUUGCUGUUACGAUCAUGUGAUGUAAUACAAAAGAUUUUUAAACAGUUAAAAGGAUAAAAUAUUUACUAAACAAAAAUCUGCAAAGCUGAUCAUACUACGUAAAAGGUAACUUUGCAAGACAUGAACACGGCAUCGGUGGAUCCAAACAGAGCGGGGUGGCGUUCACACAGCUGUUUCGCCAUUGUGACUCAUCAAAACGGCGUACCAAACAAAAAGGCACUGAAAAAAUACCCGCACACUCUGUUAAGCUAGGCCCCAACAUUGGAUCGUCACACCCGCAUAAUCACGCCAAAAAAAUAGCCUCGAACUAUAUCUUUUGAUCUAUUUACUCUUUCCUGUUACUCAGACUAGCACAGUUUGGGAUAUUAGUGUCAUUAUAAGUGAUGGAAUCGAAUUCUAUGAGACACACAUAAGCGGCUUGCAAACUCGUAAUCGUAGCUCCAAUCUAGAGGUCGCUAUUGGCCUUGCACCCACUUUUAAGGUCUCGCCCCUUCGUGUACUGUUUGAUGAUCCCUUUGGCUGUAUUGCAUGUACGAAACAGCCACAAAGCGAAUGAAAGUAUCUGUUUUUAGAACGUUAUAUUUCAAAAACCUUAGUCUAAGUGGCUUCAGUUACAGUAGACUAGUCGCACUGUAACGAGAGCUUUGCUUUGAUAUAUUAGAUUUCGCGAAAAUGCCCAAUUUGUAGAUGACAUCUCAUUGUUAUUCGGUUUCUAUAGGGGAAGAGAUGUCAGCAAAACAUACUCUUAAAUUAAGGUUAAUGUUAGAUGUGCUGUUUCACUUUGUGACUUUUUCGUGCUUCACAGCCAAAGUUAUCAGUGGAGCAUCAAACACGAAGGGAUGAGACCUUCGAAAAAUGGGUGCGAGCCUCCUCUAUUGCGCAGUCAAACGUGUGAGCUCUACGGGGGACCUUGUAUAGACCGGCGCGUGCGUAAAACAUUUUUUUGCCAUUUGUGAUCUUUACAGGUACCAGAUUAUGAUGUCUUGUUGGGCAGCCAAUCCAGAUGACAGACCAAGCUUUACAGAUUUGCGAAACGAUUUGGAGAGAAUGUUAGAAGCAGAUGAUGAACUGUACAUCAGCGUCCACUGUGAGGAUUAUGAUUAUUACUGUGUUCUUGGCAAUGACAACGCUAGCAGCUCCAACGGAGACGAGAAUCCUCCAACACUGGACAGUAACGUUGAAACACAGCCUUUCAUAUAAGCCAUCAGCAUCCCCUCUAACAUUUAAGCAAAAAUAAUAGACCGUUGCUUUCGGAGUGGUCUUUCAUGAUAUUCAGAAUUAUAAACAGGCAUGAUAACGCUGUCCCAGACCUUGAUGUAAUUAUAUCAAGCAUGAGACGCAGUGUUUCAUCACCAGAUGAAACACUGCGUCAAAUGCUUGAUAUUACUUCUCAAACAAAAUGAUUUUAGAAGAAGAAAUUAAGGAUGCAAAAAUAAGCCANGUAAAACAUUUUUUUGCCAUUUGUGAUCUUUACAGGUACCAGAUUAUGAUGUCUUGUUGGGCAGCCAAUCCAGAUGACAGACCAAGCUUUACAGAUUUGCGAAACGAUUUGGAGAGAAUGUUAGAAGCAGAUGAUGAACUGUACAUCAGCGUCCACUGUGAGGAUUAUGAUUAUUACUGUGUUCUUGGCAAUGACAACGCUAGCAGCUCCAACGGAGACGAGAAUCCUCCAACACUGGACAGUAACGUUGAAACACAGCCUUUCAUAUAA